UUUUGCAGAGGGUUUUGGGCCUUACGGCGCAAGCGCAAGAAGUGGGUAUUGUGACUUCACUGAGCAGGGACGAAGGCGGAGAUUGAGCACGAGUUGUAGGCCGGAUUGACAGUCGUGACCAAGGUUUAAGAGGUUAUUUACAGCGGCCAGAGAGAGGGGGAGCGGAGUGUCAUAUUGUUUUCAGUGGGUAACAGGCGGAUCCGGGAUGUGGUCGACACAAGUGCACAGGUGUCUACAUUUUUUGAAAACGAUACAGAAAGAAUCUCUUCCAUCCUUGGUGUGUACAAAAAGAUGUGUUUCCUCCUCUUCAAUUUCCCGUAUCACUACACACUACACAGUCCAUCCUCGGGAUAAAGAUUCACGAUGGGAAGAGAACUUCCAUUUAAUUCUGUGAAAUGGAGUCUGACCAUCAAGCUGGCAAUUAAAAGAUUUCAUCUGAUAAGGACCUUUCGCUUUCAUCAGUGAGCUGCAAAGGUUAAAGCUGAAGGCAAUGCAUUCAUCUCUUAACAUUUUCACAAGAUGUUUGAAGAUCCAUAUGUUGGUACUUUAUCAAGAUGAUUAACUGAUACCUCAAAUAUUUUUCCCUGCCUCAAUUUCUAGUGUAUGAACCGAAACUUGCAUCUGGAGAAAAACCUGAAAGACGCAGUCUACUUCAGGCUGAUGAUUUUCUUUUGAAAAGGACUUCUCUGUACAGCUUUGGAUGUUAAUCUAUUAUACAGUGAAUCUAGCAUUACAAGAAUACAAGUUUUAUUUAAAUCCAUUUUCCCACACUAACGAAGAUUUGUGUUGAGGAGCAAUAACUUCUUUCUAUGCCAUCUGAUCUCCCAUUGUGCUUCUCAGGGUCAACAUGGAGCGGUUUACAGACGAAGCUGAUGUGGUGAUAGUGGGUGGAGGACCUGCUGGUCUAUCUGCAGCAAUCCACCUUAAACAUCUGGCUGAUAGACAUGAUAAGGAACUACGAAUAUGUUUGGUGGAGAAAGCUGCACAGAUUGGUGGCCAUAUACUUUCGGGGGCCUGUCUAGAUCCAAAAGCCUUGAUGGAGUUGUUCCCAGAUUGGAAGGACAGAGGGGCUCCACUACACACUCCAGUAAAGGAAGAUGUAUUUGGUAUUCUAACAGAGAAGAGCAGAAUUCCAGUUCCAUUGUUACCUGGUCUUCCCAUGAAGAAUCAUGGAAAUUAUAUUGUUCGUUUGGGUCACUUGGUUAGAUGGUUAGGUGAACAGGCAGAAGAACUUGGUGUGGAAUUGUACCCAGGGUACGCAGCUUCUGAGAUUCUGUUUCAUGAAGAUGGGAGUGUUAAAGGGAUUUCUACCAAUGAUGUUGGUAUUCAUAAAGAUGGAUCACCAAAGGACACAUUUGAAAGAGGAAUGGAACUUCAUGCCAAAGUGACGAUAUUUAGUGAGGGAUGCCAUGGACACCUCGCCAAGCAGUUGUACAAACGGUUCAAACUAAGAGAAAACUGUGAACCGCAGACCUAUGGUAUAGGAUUAAAAGAGAUUUGGGCUAUUGAUGAAAAUCAAUGGCGACCUGGCAGAGUGGAACACAGUGUGGGAUGGCCUCUCGAUAAACAUACAUAUGGUGGGUCAUUCCUAUAUCACUUAAAUGAGGGGGAACCAUUGGUGGCUUUGGGCUUUGUGGUGGGUUUGGAUUAUCAAAAUCCAUAUCUGAACCCAUUCAAAGAAUUCCAGAGGUGGAAGCAUCAUCCUUCAAUAACACCAACCUUAGAGGGGGGAAAAAGGAUUGCUUAUGGAGCCCGUGCCUUAAAUGAGGGUGGUUUUCAGUCUAUACCUAGACUGUCCUUCCCUGGAGGACUACUGAUUGGCUGCAGCCCAGGAUUGAUGAAUGUCCCUAAAAUUAAAGGAACACAUACUGCAAUGAAGAGUGGCAUGAUUGCUGCAGAGGCCAUAUUUAAAAAGCUACUUGAAGAUAAUAGCCAGCCAGUGACUCAAGGUCUUCAUGUGCCAGAGUAUGACGUGGACAUAAGAAACUCUUGGAUUUGGAAGGAACUUUAUUCUGUGAGGAAUAUCCGACCCUCCUGCCAUGGACCAUUGGGUGUUUAUGGUGGAAUGAUUUAUACUGGGAUAUUUUACUGGAUAUUUCGAGGUUUGGAGCCCUGGACACUGAAACACAAAGGAGCAGAUUAUUCUCAGUUAAAGCCAGCCAAGGAUUGUACACCCAUUGAUUACCCUAAACCAGAUGGAAAAAUCAGCUUUGACCUUCUAUCCUCUGUGGCUCUUAGCGGAACCAAUCAUGAAGAUGAUCAGCCAGCACACUUGACGCUAUUAGAUGAUAGUAUACCAGUAAACAGGAACUUGGCUGAGUUUGAUGGACCAGAGCAAAGAUUCUGUCCUGCAGGUGUUUAUGAGUAUGUUCCUUUGGAAAUUGGUAAUGGGAUGAGAUUGCAGAUUAAUGCCCAGAACUGUGUUCACUGCAAGACGUGUGAUAUUAAAGAUCCCAGCCAGAAUAUCAACUGGGUAGUACCUGAAGGAGGUGGUGGCCCUGCUUAUAAUGGAAUGUAAACAACCAUUCAAUCACAAACUGGAACUCCAGUAUUAUGUGCUGGCAUAUUGUUUAUUGUAUGAGAGGUUCUUUUUUAAAAUCAAGUGUUCAACUGUAAAUCUAAAAGUGAAGAAUUACAUUUUUGCAAUUAAUUUUAUAUAUAUUUUAUUCUGAUUUCACCAACUCUCUAUAAUUCGGAUCAAUUAUUCCAAGAAACUUGUCAGUGAAAUAGAUCAAAAUAAAACUGUGUCCAACGUUUGCCCUUAUUCAUAUUACUGACUCAGAUAUGUGUUUCUUAAAGACAUCUAGUGACAGUUAAUUGGCAUAAAAUAUGAAUCCUUGAAUUUAGUCAGUUCACUUUUAAUUGGAAAAAUAUUUGAAUAAUGUGUACAUUGAGAAUACAAGUUUUUUUGGUAAACUGCAAAUUAAAAUUCUGGGUUCAUAAUUAAUUUUAUUCAUUUAUUAUGCUGAACAGGAAUUACUUGAUACAUUUUUUGUUGAGAAUUUAACUUAUGUGGACUGCUGUGUAACGUUGAAAGUGAUUCUUAAAAAGGAACAAGUGCUGUAAAAAAAAAAUUUAACACUAAAUACAGCUCAACCAAGGAAAAGUCAAACAUAACUAUACUUCUGAAUUGCAGUUCCUUCUUGCCUUACCCAAAGUGCUACCUGUGAGAUGAUAAAAUGAUAUUUGAAUGUACCUUUUGACAAGCUGAUUUGUAAGCUAAAAUACUAUUGAAAACAAUUAUUUGAACUUAAUUUAACAAAAUAUGAAGUAAAAAAUUAAUUGUAAGCAAUGCAAAGCCUUAUUGAGGGGAGGAUAGAAGGACAUCUUUUAAGUACCAUAAGUGAUGAUCACUGCUUCGGUGAUAGAAAAACGGUAAUAAGUAAUGGUGCUUUGUGCCCAUUACUCAUAUCAUUCAAGUAAUUGAUUAUUAUGUAAUCUGAUAUGUUAUUGGUUUGUAAAUAAAAACUUGUAAAUGUUCUAUUUCUGUAAUAAAAAUUAAAAUAAUUUGUGAAA